GGGAAAAUCAGUACAAAACAAAAAAGAAAACAUUAAAAAAAUUCUAGUAAAAAAAUAGUGGUUCUUCCUUGCAAGAAAAAGCAAGAAAACCAGCGUGUUUUAUGCAAAUCAGUUCACGAAAUACAUAGCUAAGUUCCCUAGACUCUAAAAGCAUCGGAAUUUCCUUUCAAGUGCCUAUAUAGUAUCGUCUUUUAUAGUCUAUAAAUAGUAAUUAAAAAGGCGGCCGACAAUCAGAAUCUGAUCUUAUUUCCAAAAAAGUCUUCUUUAUUUCCCUUAUCUCUAGCGUACUAUUAUUACAUAUUCAUACAAUCUUCACCGGCUUUAUCCAAGAUCUUCGUUCAUAUCGGUAUCAUUGUCUCUUCAGAGAUCCCAUCCUUUCCCCGUAAUUUCGCUUUGCUGUUUUAUUUAGCAACUGCUUCAUUAUAUUACUUCUCGGGAAUAUAUCUGCUUCUUUUGGGUUUUCUUUGGUUACUGAGUGAAAACUUUAGAUUGCCAAAGGAAAACCCUUUGUUUCUAACUGGUUUGUUAUGGUUGUGAAUGUGAGAUUAAAGUCGUCUUAGAGGCUUUUUGGGUUUUUGGGUUUUGUUUAGAUUCCUGUGGGAAAAGGUAAACCGAGCUGAUUCUUUGAUUCUUCUGUUGGUGAUGAGAUUUAGAAAUCUGGGUGUUCUUUGAUUUGUUUUCUUAGAUAUUAAGAGAAAUGGGUUCUUGUUCCUAAUUAGAGUUGUGGGGGUUUUCUUUGACUUGUUUUAUAUUUGAUCUUAAGUGAUACCGAAUUCAAGUUUGUGAACAAAUCCAUUAAGCUCACUUUCUCUUUUUUUUUGUUCUUUGGUGCAAAACAAAGCCAAUACUGUCUAUAUUCCUCUUUCUUGUCUUAUUUCUUCAUUCCAUUCUCGAAAAUUUGUUGUCCGCUGACCACCUAAAUCAACAUUCUCUGUUUCCUUAUUUGUUGUUCGCUCUGUUGCCUAAAUUAUCCCAACAUAAAACUUCUCAUCGUAAACUAGCAAUGGAUAUAAGUAACGAGGCCAAUGUUGAUUCAUUUUCAAUUGGUCCUUCAACAAUCAUUGGACGAACAAUUGCUUUUAGGAUCCUGUUCUGUAAGUCAAUAAAACGUUUCAGGCAUCAAAUCUUUCACGUAUUGUUGCAUUUCAUCUAUAGAUGUAAGGACUUCUUUGCACCCUUGAUAUCAUGGUUGCAUCCCCGAAAUCCACAAGGGAUAUUGGCAUUGGUGACAGUUAUUGCUCUUUUGUUGAAACGUUACACAAAUGUAAAAUUGAGGGCUGAAAUGGUUUACAGAAGGAAAUUUUGGAGAAAUAUGAUGAGUGCUGCAUUGACAUAUGAAGAGUGGGCUCAUGCUGCUAAGAUGCUUGAUAAAGAGACCCCAAAGAUGAGUGAAUCGGAUUUUUAUGAUGAGGAACUUGUGAGAAACAAGCUUCAGGAACUCCGACACCGUCGCCAAGAUGGAUCUCUUAGAGAUAUAAUCUUUUGCAUGAGAGCUGAUCUUAUCAGAAAUCUUGGUAAUAUGUGUAAUCCUGAGCUUCAUAAAGGUAGGCUUCACGUGCCUAAACUCAUCCAGGAAUACAUUGAUGAGGUCUCGACUCAGUUGAGAAUGGUUUGUGACUUGGAUUCGGAGGAGCUCUCAUUGGACGAGAAGCUUGCUUUUAUGCAUGAAACAAGGCAUGCAUUUGGUAGAACUGCUUUGCUUUUAAGUGGGGGUGCUUCCCUUGGAGCAUUUCAUAUUGGUGUAGUUAAAACACUAGUAGAACAUAGGCUUUUACCCAGGAUAAUUGCUGGUUCUAGCGUUGGAUCCAUUAUGUGUGCUAUUGUUGCCACUAGAUCAUGGCCUGAGCUGCAAAGUUUCUUUGAGGACACUUGGCGCUCAAUGAAGUUUUACGAUCAGCUGGGUGGAAUUUUUACAAUUGUUGGGAGGGUCAUGAGACAAGGGGCUGUUCAUGAUAUCAGGUACUUGCAAUGGAUGCUAAGACACCUCACAAGCAAUCUUACAUUUCAAGAAGCUUAUGAUAUGACUGGUAGAAUUCUUGGGAUAACAGUUUGCUCUCCAAGGAAGCAUGAGCCACCUAGGUGCCUUAAUUACUUGACUUCACCUCAUGUUGUCAUAUGGAGUGCAGUAAGUGCUUCUUGUGCCUUUCCUGGCCUUUUUGAAGCCCAGGAGCUAAUGGCAAAAGAUAGGAGUGGAGAAAUUGUACCUUACCAUCCACCCUUUAAUUUGGAUCCUGCGGAAGGUUCUGGUACAUCUGCACGUGGAUGGAUUGAUGGCGGCUUAGAGGUUGAUUUACCCAUGAUGCAACUGAAGGAGCUGUUCAAUGUCAAUCAUUUCAUUGUGAGUCAGGCGAACCCUCACAUUGUACCAUGGUUGAGGUUGAAGGAGUUUCUGAGAUCCUUUGGUGGUAACUUUGCUGCGAAGCUUGCUGACCUAAUUGAGAUGGAGGUAAAACAUAGAUUUAGUCAGAUACUGGAACUGGGCUUUCCUCUGGGGGGAGUUUCCAAGGUUAUGACUCAAGAUUGGGAGGGUGAUGUUACUGUUUUUAUGCCAGCCACACUUACUCAGUACUUGAAAAUUCUUGAAAACCCAUCUCUUUUGGGGCUUCAAAAGGCAUCCAACCAAGGGAGAAGAUGCACUUGGGAGAAGCUUUCAGCUAUCAAAGCAAACUGUGGCAUUGAGCUUGCCCUUGAUGAGUGUGUUGUAAAUCUUAAUCACUUGCGAAGACUUAAACGGAGUGCUGACAGAGCCGCUGCUGCUUCUGCUUCUGCUUCAUCUCAUGGCCUAGCCAGCACAGCUAGAUUCAAUGCUUCACGAAGAAUUCCUUCUUGGAAUUGCUUUGCACGAGAAAACUCAACAGGCUCCCUGGAAGAUCUUACAGAUGUUACUUCAUCUUUGCAUCAAGGAUUAGGUGGGUCCACAGGAAUACCAGCUUCUGCUAGGAACUUGCGAGCCCAUCACAGUACACAUGAUGGAAGUGAUAGUGAGUCUGAAAGUGUAGACUUACAUUCUUGGACAAGAUCUGGUGGGCCAUUGAUGAGGACUACUUCUGCAGAUUUGUUCAUCGAUUUUGUCCAAAAUCUAGAUGUUGAUGCUGAAGUGAACAAAGAUCUGAUGGCUGGUCCUAAUUCUUCUGGAUUUCAGAUGGGAGAUGGGGAUCCUUUUAGUCACAGCUCUAGGAUGACAACAGCAGAUAGAGGUUCAGACUCUGAGUUUGAUCAGAGGGAUUUGGAGAACAGAACACCUGUUAAUUGUUCUAGCAUUAUGGUUGCUGAAGGUGAUCUCCUGCACAUUGAAAGGAUGCCUAAUGGGCUUGUGCUCGACGUUGUGAAGAAAGUAGACUUGGCACUGUCACACAGAAGCCAUGGUUCAGGAAAUUACAGCCCUGACAUAGCUGAAUGUAUGCAGCUUGAUUGUCCAGAGAAGGAAAUGGAUGCUAGCUCGGCAUCUGAAUAUGGCGAUGAUGAUGAUGCCAGUGCAGUAAACUGCCUGAAUGAAACGGUUCCUAUAGUUAAUGCCCCUGACGACUCUCCUGUCCAUGAUGAUGAUAAUCAGGGUGCUGUAGAUGGUCAAUUUUAAGAUUAAUAUUGAUUCUGUGAUUGAUCUCUACUUACCAAGUUUGCAGAGUUCUUUUUGAGGUAACAAGUUGGCCGAGUUGAUUAAGCUAAUGUGGGCAGGGUAUGGAAUCCCGAAUUCUGAUUGGUUUCUGAUUCAAUCAGUUGAACUGUCUGGUGUUGUUGUAUCUGGAAAAUGGCUUAGCCAGUUCUUUUCUAAUGCUUAUACAAUUACUAUAUAAAUAAAUUCAUAAUAAUUUAUAUUGACUAAUGUCAAUAAUUUUAU